AUGGUGCUCCUAAGAAAAAUGGGUGCUUAAAAUUGAUGAAAGAAGAGAAUCCAGAAAUGAUUCUCGUGCAUUGUGUUAUUCAUAGGGAAAACGUGGUAGCUAGAAACAUCUUGCCUGUUCUAAAUAAAGUACUACAUUCAGUAAUAAAGUGCAUCAAUGAUAUUAAAGCUAAUGCCAAAUGUGAGCUUCUCUUCAAGCUAUUUUGUGAAGAACAAAAUGCAGACCAUGAGAGAAUUUUACUUCACACUAAAACAUGGAUGAUGCAGCCAAAGUUAGUGGAUUUGUCUGAUAUAUCAAAUAUGCAAUAUCAAGAAGAACUCGCAGAAAUGCAAAAUGAUGAUACAGUUAAAACUUCAUUUAAUAUAAAGGGAGUGAUGGCAUGGCUUUGUGAGGAAACAGAAAUCAGAUACCCAAAUUCAACCAAAUGUGCAAGAAAACUAUUGCUACCGUUUCCAUCUUCAUAUUUAGCUAAAUUUGGAUUUAGUGCU